UUAGCAAUUCCUUUGUCUCGCUUAUGCUUUAUCCAUGGCUUUAUCAUAUAUUUUCGCGCCAAAUCUCACUUUCCUCGUAAUUUCAUUGGCCGAAAAGAAUCUCCUUGUCUGCCUCUUGCUGGCUUGUUGUUGACUUCGUAACAACAAUGGCGGGAGACCAAGAGGCGGAGAAAGUGGACCUUAAACGAAGAUUUGAUAAUGUUUGUAGCGAACUUAACAUGGAUGAACCUACGGCGAACACUGCCUGGACAAUAUUUUCGAAUAUUGGUCAAAAUUACUCGCUGGAGGGAGACGGCUUACAUUGGCUUGCUUGUGGCUUAUAUUUGUCUGGAAGGAAAGCUGUGUUACCUUCCGCGGACGACAAGACAUUAGUCCGGGGAAAUUGUGUUUCUUUGACACGAUUGCUCCGCGAAGCAAAAUUAAGUUUAAUCCAAUUCUUCCAAAAAAUGAAGAAGUGGCUAGACAUGACGAACUCGGAAGAUGAUUUUCGUAAAAAGAUUGAUCGUUUGAAUCGAAAUUUCGCCGUUGUUUCAGUCAUCUUCAAAAAGUUUGACAAUAUCUUCUUCAAAAUUUUCAAAUCGCGCGAUGCACUCGACAGCAUGAAGACUCACAGAUCGCGAAAACAAAGAAAGGUCGCUUGUAGUGUGAUGGAAGUUUACAAAUUCUGUUGGACGUUGUAUGUUCUCGCUAAAGGUAAUUUUCCAGCCAUCAGCGAUGAUCUUGUUAACUCUUACCAUUUACUCCUGUCAUGUCUGGAUUUAUUUUAUUCUAAUGCUGUGGGUGCCAGACAUACAAAAGAAAUGGUUGACCCUAACUUCACAGAUGCUGUUCUUAAAUACACAAACCAGAAGGAGGGAAGAACUGUUGCCAAUGUUUCAUGUAUUGUUGCCUAUCUCUGUGAAGUUUUUGAUGGUUUACAGCUUGAGGCUAAACAGAUCCGAGAACAUCACUGGAAGCCCUAUAUUGAAAAACUAUUCAAGCAAAAGAUUUUGAAAGGCGGCGAGAAAUCUUUAAGUGGCUUACUGGAUCUUUACAACUUUGAAUCCAAUUUGAAAAAUGUUUCACAUGAGUAUGAGGAAUAUGUUCUAUCAUCUGGUGAUUUUGAUGAAAGAGUGUUUCUGUCCGAUAGUGCUGAAGUGGAGAUUGGUACUCCCCGUAAAAUACAACAGAUAGACUUGGAUCAAGAGGCAUCUUCACGACAGCACUUGGAGGAAUUUGUUUCAAAGAACAAAAGUGUUGCACCUCAGACUCCUCUCACCGGUCGAAAAUAUUUAAAAGAAAAGAUCCAAAGUGGUGUCACACCAGUAUCAACAGCAACACAAUCAGUCAGUCGCCUGCAGUCUUUGCUGCUUGGGUUCAAAUCAAGACCAAGUGAAGGAUUAAUCAAUAUAUUCAAUGAAUGUAAGAACAGUCCUCGAGAGGCAAUUGAGAGACGUGUUUCUGAAAUGGCUGAACAGUUCUGUUUAAAAUACACACAGCCUUCAAGCUCACGUCCUGAUUCGCCCAGCUCAAGUAAAGAGUUCGCCGAUAAUCGUUGGAAUCUUGCUCUCACUUUGUAUUACAAGUCAUUGGAGGCUGUUGCGCGUUCCGAGAAGAAGCGUCUUCAAACCCAGUUUGAUCUUGCGACAUUGUUGGAUCAAGACAUAUUUCAUAGAUCUUUGAUCGCUUGUUGCCUAGAGAUCGUUAUAUUUUCUUAUAACUCACAAAGGAUAUUUCCGUGGGUUUUGGAGGUCUAUGGUCUUAGUCCUUAUUUCUUUUACAAGGUGAUUGAAGUUUUAAUUCGAGCGGAAGAUGGUUUAUCCCGUGACGUUGUGAAACAUCUCAACUACAUCGAGGAACAGAUUCUUGAGUCAAUGGCUUGGCAAACUGGCUCUCCUCUUUGGGAUUAUAUAAAUACGUUACAUGAAGUACCAUCGUGUGAGGAAGUGACUGUACCUCAGAACAUUGAGCAUGCUGUUGGCUCAACGGGAGCUGUGAGAUCGCCCCUUGUUCAUCCUGUUGUUAAGAGAAUAUCUGAUGAAGAAACGGGAAAAAGAGGUAUCCCCAGUUCUCCCGCUGUCUCCGCCCAUGACCGGUAUUCGUCACCAGUGCAACCACAUCUGGCACGUCGUAAAUUAUUUUCUGGGGAUUCUGGAACUCAAACAAUGACGUCAGGACCUAAAUCGUUACCAAUCAAUAUAACAUCAACUGCAUCAAGUACUAUGAAAAGGGCUACACAACUUACUAAGUCGAUAAAUACAGUCAAAACAGGCAAUGGUAGCAUUAUCAAUUCAUCUGUCUCCAGUCCAAAGGUUACUCGUUCACCAUUACCUAGUCCCGUGAAAAUGACGUCAGCUCCAGCAACGCCCGAUAAAGAUGCAAUGUUGAGACCAAAGAAGACUGGAUCGACAGCAUUAUUCUUUAGAAAGGUCUACCAUUUAGCAAGUGUUCGCCUUCGUGACUUAUGUGCAAAAUUAAAUGUAAAUGAGGAUUUAAGAGGAAAAAUAUGGACGUGUUUCGAACAUUCAUUGAUCAGUUGUACAGAUCUUAUGAAAGAUCGUCAUCUUGACCAGUUAUUGAUGUGUGCCAUUUAUGUCAUGGGAAAGGUUACCAAUUAUGACGUCAAAUUUCAAGAUAUCAUGCGUCAUUACCGUACGCAGCCACAGGCAGCAAGUCACAUAUACCGAAAUGUCCUACUUUGUCCUAAGAAGACUAAAUCCGGUAGUGCCAGUAGUAAUGACAGCACUCACGUAAAGAGUGAGCCAAAUAGCGCUCGCUCUAGUCCCACCAUAGUCACCUCGGCCAACAGCGCUCCAUCAAGCCGUAGUGCCAGUCCCCAAAUACGAAGUGUGAGUACCGUCCCAUCAACCCCUCCUCCCACGCAAACGGAAACAACAACGGAUUCCAGUUCUCCUGAAAACAACCGUGGCGAUCUUAUUGAAUUUUAUAAUAAAGUUUAUAUAAAGAGAAUUCAAAAGUUUGCACGAAAGUUUUCAGCGAACGAGAAUGGUCCCGAUGCACCGCCUUUGUCGCCAUUACCCGUAGCACGACACCAGUCCCAUUCCCCUCGCAGGAGAGUGACAUCCGGGCAAUCUGUGUACAUAUCUCCACGUAAGAGCGGACUUCCUCUUGUGUGCAACUCCCCUCGUUUGUCCUAUAGUUUCAAGGAAAGUCCAUCUGAGAAUUUGCAAAACAUCAAUAGUGCCAUUUUGAAUGGCUGCAACGGUCACUCAAGAAAACGGUUGCUAUGCGACAACGAUGAUAAUGAAGACUACUGCAAGGCUGCAAAGAUGAGCAACGGAAAUGGGGUUCUCGCUAGAAAACUCCAGAAUAUGCUUGCUGAACGAGAAUCGUCUGCUAAAAGAUGAAAGUUCGUGUUUUCUAAAAUGGCUCAAUGUAGGAUACCUUUAUAAAAUUUUUAACGUAGUACAUUAACUUUUCUCUGAAAAUUGAAAUGGGGUAAACUCGGUUGUAUUUAUUUAGCAGGUCAUACUACGUAAGCUUUUUAAAGGGUUGCGUAGGUAAAGAGAAUUCAUCACAGAGGUGAAAGGAUGUUGUUGAACGACAGUACCAAACAGAACAAUGUCUAUAUUGUGGACAUUGUUGAUCAGUGUUUGUUCCUAAUUUUGAUGUAAAAUGACACCUAUAAAUCGUCGUUCAUUUAUGCAAGCAAUGUUCUGUUUGUGUCAAGUCAAAUCUUCGAUAUUUGUUGACAAAUAGCGAUGAGGCAACUUCAUCCGAAAGCAACAGCAAUUUUUGUUUCCUUAAGCUUUUAACUUUGAUAUUAAAUAGCUGGAUUGAAUUGUGACCACUAUCGUGGACUACCUGGAAGUUGUGUCAUUCUAUGCAAAUAUCUCGGUGUUCAUUUUCCGUAUUUAAAAGCAAUACAAAUUUAAAGAGAGAAAUCAUGCCGAUGAAUUAAAUUUGCAUAGCAUGAUGAAAUUUGCUGGCUGGUACGUCACCGAUUGUGACAAGGCAAAAUUAGUUUUAUAAGAUAUUAUUUUAAGUAAGAGAUAGGUUUUAAUGUUGAGAUGUCAAUGCAAUUGCUUUAUUCCAAACAAAAAAAACACACAUUAGAAAUUGUUGUUGACAGAAGAUCGGUUAACGAAGUAAUGUAUUCUUUAGAUAAACUCUGAUAUUGUGUAGCGUUUUAGUUAUACAACUUUACAUAUUUGUAAUUUUAUCGAUUAGAAAAAGUAUUAUCUAUGGUAUAAGUGAA